CUUCGGGGCAUUAGGACCCAGAGGUUGCUGAGUGGAGGAGGCUGAAUCCCCCCUCCCGCUGUCAUCCUCGCUGCCUCUGCAGCUUUAUUCCUCAUCUCCUUCAAUGGUGACUGACUACCUCCCGCCCGGGCUGGCAGCCAGAGCGAGGCGGCCUCACUAGGACCGGUUCCCAGCGGCUCUAUGGCAUCUCCCAGGACUAUCACCAUCGUUGCCCUCUCGGUGGCCCUGGGGCUCUUCUUCGUCUUUAUGGGGACCAUCAAACUGACCCCUCGGCUCAGCAGAGAUGCCUACAAUGAGAUGAAACGAGCAUACAAAAGCUAUGUGCGGGCCCUCCCCAUGCUAAAGAAGAUGGGAGUCAGCUCCAUCCUUCUCCGCAAGAGCAUUGGUGCCCUAGAAGUGGCGUGUGGCAUUGUCAUGACACUGGUGCCUGGUCGCCCCAAAGACGUGGCCAACUUUCUUCUCCUCCUCCUUGUGCUGGCUGUGCUCUUCUUCCACCAGCUAGUGGGGGAUCCACUCAAGCGUUACGCCCAUGCCCUAGUCUUUGGGAUUCUGCUUACCUGUCGUCUGCUGAUUGCCCGCCAGCCUGAGGAGCAGCCGCCAGAAAAGAGGAUCCUGUCAGUGAAUGGGGAUGAGCAGCCACUCAUCUAUGAAGCAGCUCCUGAGAAAGGCAAAAUGAAGGUAUCCUAGUUGAGUGCGUGUGAGAAAUACGGACCCUCGAGGCAGCUCUCUCCAAAAUCACCCAGAAAUUUUUUUAUUUACCUAUUUAUAUUUUUUGUCUGUCUAAAUAAAGUUGCACUUGGGGUCUGAGAGACACAUGGUAUGUCUACACUGUAGUCUUGCUUUUGCUGCUGCCCUGUAAUGUAGAAAAAUACAAGCUAGCUUUUACCAGGACAGCUUGGAGGCAGUUAGCAGCCUGGCUGGAGUAGCGCUGGCCUCAGCAGGAGCUGCAAAACCAGCCUGAGAGCGUGGGCAAAGACUUGGGCCGGUAGUCAUGCUAACUCGGCACUGCUGCAGUGGAGAGUUUAGUCCCUGAGCAUCAGCUCCGAGCCCCAUGGCAGCUGAAACUUAGCCUGGAUGCACUUCUGCUACAUGGCAGUCUCGGCAACAGUGGCUGGGUAGAACAUAACCAGAGUGUCCCUGUGCUGGUUUGUGCGGCCCCAUCCACAAAUCUACAUUUCCUUUUCCAUAGUCAAGGGGGGAAAGGACCCUACCAAGCAUAAAAGUAACAUUGUGUUUGAGAGAGGGAUACCUUAGCCUUUGCUGCUUCUGUGCGCAGUCCUUUCUUUGGACUGGUUAUCCAGGGAAAACAUGGGAUGUGCUAUGUGCAUCUUCCUUGAUUUCCACACUUUGCAGAGGCUCUAAUACUGGAACAAUGGCCUGAUAACAGUAAUUUUUUGCCUGCUUCACAUGAGGCAAUGGCAUCUCUUUACCACUCUUGGCAGAGAGUAAGGAUCCCUGGUGAGGGGAUGGAGAGCAGAACUGCCCAAAGAACUCCAAAAUAUCUAUCUGCUGUUGGCAAAUAGCAUCAUGCUCCCUAUUUCCUUGCAAGAAAAAAAAUCCCUUUUUCCACAACUACUGCAACUUUAUAGAAUUGUCAGUUAUUGCUAACAGAUGAGAGUCUGAACAUGUCUCAUUGUUCAUCCCACAUACAGCUUCAGUGAGCUGGGGAAAGUCCUGUCACCAGAGCCUGAAUCCCUGUGUUGCAUCUGAAAUCUUACAGAGUAUCAUAAGAAGCAUGUGUUACCUCUGAGUUUGUUUUUCUUGAUGUUUGUCUGUUUUCAGGUUUUCCUUAUUUUCUUAAUUAUUCAUGAAAAUAAACUGUUUGAAAUUUGGAGAAA